AUGGUUUCCCUGCCGUGUCUCAGAGCUGGACUGUUAAGCCAUGCCUUCGUUGUUGCUCUCUCCAGCCUCACAACGCGCCUGCCCCUCUCCACUUGCGCCUGCCCCUCUCCACUUGCGCCUGCCCCUCUCCACUUGCGCCUGCCCCUCUCCACUUGCGCCUGCCCCUCUCCACUUGCGCCUGCCCCUCUCCACUUGCGCCUGCAUUCAACACCUCCCCCUCCCCACCUCCUCUCCCCCCCCUUCCUUCCCCACCCCCCUCUGCUCCACCUAGAACCUACGGCUUCGGUGGUCAGGUACGACUUCAAUGUGGGGAGGGAGGACGUGCUGGGCCACCACCAGGGGGCUGUCAAGUGCGUUGAGUACUCGCAUGCCACGGGUCAGCUGAUUACAGGAGGCUGGGACCGGACAGUGCGCUGCUGGGACCCCCGUGCGCCCGCCUCCCACCUGCGCCUGACAGUGACAGCAGAGCAGCCCGAGCGGUGCUACUCCAUGUCGCUCGCCGCGCACCGCCUCGUGGUGGCCAUGGCGGGGCGCCACGUGUCCAUCUAUGAUUUGCGCAACAUGUCGCAGCCGGAGCAGCGCCGCGAAUCUUCACUCAAGUUUCAGACGCGGUGUGUGCGGUGCUACCCCACGGGCACGGGGUAUGCACUGGCGUCCGUGGAGGGGCGCGUGGCCAUGGAGUUCUUCGACCCCUCUGAGACUGCCCAGACCAAGAAGUAUGCAUUCAAGUGUCAUCGGCGGUCAGAGGGAGGGAGGGACACGGUCUUCCCAGUCAACGCCAUCGCCUUCCAUCCAAUCUACGGCACGUUCGCCACAGGGGGGUGUGACGGGGUGGUCAACAUAUGGGACGGCAACAACAAGAAGCGCCUCUACCAGUACGCCAAGUACCCCACGAGCAUCGCAGCACUGUCAUUCUCACGGGAUGGCCGCCUGCUGGCCGUGGCAGCCAGCUACACCUUCGAGAUGGGCGACAUUCCGCACGAGAGGGACGCCAUUCACAUUCGCAACGUCAACGAUGCAGAAGUCAAGCCCAAGCCCAAGGCCUACAGCACUGCCACGUAG